AGAUCAUAUCCUCCGACCAUUCUAAAUCACAAUGCUCUCUGGCGCCUUGCAUCGCAUACGGCCGACGCCGGUCGUGGCUAGUAUCGCAAUCGGAGGUAUUAGUCUAGGACUAAUGAGCAAGCUGAUGGUGCGAAACAUACAUGCCGACUCAGGCGCACCGCAAAAGGUAUUCGGAGGUGGCCUGGCAAUGGUGUCACUACCACUUGAAAGUUCUAUGCUGGUAAAUCAUAACACCAAACUUCUGCGAUUCAAAUUACCCAGCAACAAUCAUAUCAGUGGACUUUCGUUGACCGGAGCUGUGCUCACCCUCUCUUGGCCAAAAGGUCGAUGGCUACCCGUGGCAAGACCAUAUACCCCGAUCAGCGCGUCAGACCAACCAGGCGUAGUGGAUCUAUUGGUGAAGCGGUACCCUGACGGCAAGCAGAGCUCGCACUUGCACUCAUUGCAGCCUGGCGAGACACUGCGCUUUGCUGCGGCCAUCCCUGGAGUCACAUGGAAGGCUAAUAGCGUGCCGCAUGUCACUCUCAUUGCCGGAGGUGCUGGAAUAACACCAAUCUUUCAGCUUGCGCAAGGUAUUCUGCGUAAUCCAGAGGACAAGACUGUUAUUACACUGGUCUACGGCGCCAAUACCGAUGAGGACGUCCUUCUGAAGAAAGAGUUUGACGGGUUUGAAAAAGAGUUCCCUGGACGGUUCAAGGCCGUAUACACAGUGUCUCGCCCUUUCGAAAAAUCGCCAUUCCGCGGGGGAUAUGUGACGAAACAGUUACUCGAAGAGGUUACAGAAUCUCCGCUGGAUAGAAAAACGAAGGUGUUCGUGUGUGGCCCUCCAUCGAUGGAGACAUCCCUAGUCGGUUCCCGAAGUGAACAAGGCAUCUUGGAGCAGCUUGGGUACCGGAAAGACCAGAUCCAUAAGUUCUAAGGCCUUCGAGAUGCGUUGGAGAACAGGAAUAUCAGUACCACAGCCAUUUUCUGACCAAUUGCGGCGGAUGCAUCUAAUGCGGAUUGUUUAUUUGUAUACUACAUAGACAAGGUAUCCAGGGUAGAUGCCCUUCUAGACGGGUAUAGAGCGUGCCUCAACUCGUUUGUAACAAUACAGUACAUUAUUUCGUGCAUUUCGCACAUAACUUCGUUAGACUCUGAAAACAAC